CCCGGAAACAUUGUAUCGAAUCUUCUUAGCAUGCCAUUACUGAGCUAGUCAUCGGGCUUCAGGCGUUGUCACAACCCGAUAUACAUGAUUCUUCACACCCUCGAUUCCGAGGCUGUGAAGAGACUCAUUCGUUGCUGAGUACACCUCCGUCGUGUUCUCGCCGUCAUGCUUCCCGAGACCAAACAUCCUUCACACUCGCCUCCGCGCGAUAGUGGCGACUCUUCCAACGCGGAAGAUGGUGAAGUCAGUGAGCAUGCCACAUCCCCGUCAAAAUCAGUAAGCCCGAAUACGGACGACACACAAGCAGCCGAUCCUCCUUUGCCCACAAACGAAGCACCUCCACCGUUGCCUAGUGAGCCUCCUCCGGGCGGACCUCAGGACGACGGCUGGGACGCGAUCUGGGACGACGCAGCUGGGGCGUUUUACUUCUUCAACCGAUUUACCAAUAUUUCGCAGUGGGAGAAUCCAAGAGUACCAGAGGCACAAGAGGCAAGGCCCCCAGGAGUAGCAAACCACGACAGAAUACCGGGCACAGCAGAGCCCGCGAAGGCGACCUUUGUCGGCGGCUACAACCCGGCCAUACAUGGUGACUAUGAUCCAAACGCCGAUUACGCCAAACCACAGGAGGCACCGCCAGAGCUGAACAUCGCCGCUGGUGCGCCGGGUACAGAUCUAGCUGAUCCAUAUGCCGCCACCGGAUACUUCAAUCGGUUCACGGGCAAGUGGCAGAAAGCCGACCUAAACCCAGACAGACAUAGCGACGAACAAAAGAGUCGACGGCAGAUGAAUGCUUUCUUUGAUGUCGAUGCGGCUGCAAAUAGUCAUGACGGUAGAAGUCUACGUGCUGAAAGAGCGAGCAAGAAGCUCAGCAAGGCCGAGUUGAAGGCUUUCAAGGAGAAGCGCAGAGAAAAGAAGGAAGAGAAACGACGUGCCUGGCUAAGGGAUUAAAAGAUGUGUACGGAGUAAGAAGUGAGCGACCUGGGCAGAUACCUGGUCGUAAAACACAUUUUAGCAGCGACGCAGCCUACAAUGAGAAGUCCAUCUAAUGC